AUGCGCCCCGAGAAGGGGUAUCUCCCUGUGGGGGUAAGCCACAAGGGCUAUAUCUCGAAGCCCCCAGUUCCGGAGGAUCGCCAGGCCAACCGCCUGCGUGAUGAAGCGACGAAGAGGAAGAAGGACGCGGCGAAGGAAGCCACCGCCAGGAACAGGGAGAAGAGGGAGAAGCAUGCUAGGGCGUGCAAGCUUGCACAAGCGGAGGGCGCCCCGAGACCGGCCACGCCCGAGUCCACCGAGGGGGAAGAUUCCUCGGAUGGUGAGCUGAACUUCUCGGAGUCUGAUGACGACGAGGCAGUGACGGGCGUGGGUUCCCUGCCGGCCUAUCUAGGGGCUGGCGGCGAAGGCUCGACGGUGACACUGGGCGAGGCGACGCUCGCGCCGGGACCACUGGUAGAGCCGCCCGCCGCGAGGACGGAGCGGAGGUCGCCCACGCCAGCGGCGGGGCAGAGGUCGCCCGUGCUGGCGGCGGGCAGGAGAUCGUCCACGCCCGUGACGGGGCAGAGGAUGCCUUUGCCGGCAGCGAUGUCGUCGGGUGGCGGAGGGUCCGCGGCAAGCGCGGACACACCCACGCAGACGGCCUCUAGGCCCCGGGACGAUCUGAGGGCGACUCCCCCGGGUCAGGCGUCGGGAGGUGUCAGCGUGCCGCGGGCCCGGAGGAGCGGCACAAACAAACACAACAUGAGCGCUCGGUCGGAGUAA